AUGUUAGGUGUUAUGUUCUGGGUUGUUAUCCUAAUUCCUCACACGAAUGUUCAGACUCAAGACGUGAAGAGCAGAAAUUUUGUUAGAGCAGUCAGCUAUUUGCGACAAAAGAACAAACAAACUUUUGUUUACUUCGAUGAAAAUGCGGAAAAUAAGUUGACCAUUAACGCAAAAUCUUUAUCGGAUUGCGUCUUGAAGUGCCAAGUUUCAACUGGAUUCGAAGCAAGAGGAAUAAAUUAUGUUCAUUCGUCGAGGUCUUGCUCGUGUUUCUGCAAGAGAGGUUUUGGUUGGAAUGUGACAGUUUUGAACAGCACAGAUUCCGUUGCGUUUGUAAGUCACGAUUGUCCUGUCAAAUUUGACUACCUAAUAGAGCAGCACAAAUGUUACAAGAUGCAGUACAGGAAGUUGAACUGGUACGACGGCAGAGCACUGUGCAACAGCUUCUCCUCAUCCCAUCCCAUCACACUCGACGAUGAAGCUGAAAAUGACCUCUCCAUUCUCUACGUCAGAUUUACUAUUCCAAGUGUGUUUGAGGAAGUUUUCUCGCUAGAUUGUUCUUAA